CAGUCCAACCUGGGAGACCAGCCCUCUCUUGCAGCCUUAGUGAACAAAAUCAUUACUGUGGCCGAUGUCAGCCAGGAUGGCAAAUUGUCUCUGGCUGAGGCCAAGUCCAUGUGGGCGCUGCUCCAGCAGAAUGACUUUCUGCUCACCCUGUCUUUGCAUGAGAAAGAACACACCUCCAAGCUGCUUGGGCACUGUGGAGACCUGUACAUCACGGAGAAGAUUACCCACACCUCCUUCUACAACAUGGACGUCCCUCCGUUUCUGCAGCCACUGUUGCCUUCCGCCAUCCAGAGAGUUAUCCACCAGUGGUUUUCCCCGGCGUGGCCACGGCGAGCCAAAAUUGCCAUAGGCCUUCUGGAGUUUGUGGAGGAGAUCUUUCACGGCGCCUAUGGGAACUUCUACAUUUGUGAGACCGGCUUCAGGAACAUGGGCUACAACAAGAAGUACGACUUCAAGAUCGUUGACCUGAGGAAGGUGGCGACAGAGAUGACGAUCCGGCAGUUCCUUAAGGGGCGCCAUUGUGAGCAGAACAUUGACUGUACCUACGGGAAGGACUGCGUGGCACCCUGCGACAAGCUCAUGAAGCUGUGCAAGAGUGACGUGGUCCAGCCCAACCUGGCAAAAGUGUGUGGCCUUCUCCAAGAGUUCUUGCUCCACGGAGUGCCCCCGGACUUAAGAGAAGAGCUGGAGAAGCAGCUGAAGACUUGCACCACCCUCAGUGGCUUGGCAAGCCAAAUGGAAGUCCAUCACUCACUCGUGCUGAACGGUCUCAAGACUCUGUUGUGGAAAGAAAUUUCAAAUACCAAAUAUUCGUAGAGAUCGGGGGGCACAGGAAGGGCAAAAGCUGCCAGGACGAACCGGGAUUUAUCUCAUUCUCCCUCCCAGCCGACAUGACCAGCAUUGCUCCUCAGGCCGGUGAGGGAGCGUAGCUGCAGAGCAGCAGGAAGCCUCUGGGCCUGGCGGAAGGGACAAGGAGCCCGCAGAAAGGGGCCCUCUUCCACCUUGAGGGGCCGCUAGCGAGAGCUGCUGUAGCGUUUGCGGUUCAACUUGGACACUCCUCGUGUAAAUAAACGGCCCUUCUCUGAUUGGUCCCCCUACAGAGGUGGCGGAGGUGCUUUUAAAACCCUCUUUGCGGCCUGGCAGCAAAGGAGCUGCAAAUUAAUUUGGCACCGUUUCAGAGUCGUCAGCAAUUUAGCUCUUAGAAUUUUUCCAGGACGGCCAAAGCUCAAAAGCCUGCUCUGCCUGUGUACAAUGCAGCUUAGCUGAGGCAGACAAACUCCCAAAAGUCUUGUGCUCCUGUCCCC